AUGAUAUUGUUUUCAUUAGAUCUUCUUUGCCGAUAUUUACUUGUAUUGGAACAUUUAAUUAUUGAUAAUGAUCAACAACAACAUAUUGGCACUCCAAAUAAUAAAAAACAAAAACAAUCUGUUCAAAAUUGUCAUAUUGAGUGGUAUAUGAAUGAACGUGAUGAAAUACUUUAUUUAUUUACCAAUUUUAUUAAACUUGAUCUUCGUCAAUUUUGGCAUGAAACUGAACGAUUAGAAGAUCAACAAAUUGGAAAUACAAUUGUGGAUGUAUGUUUAACAAUUAUUCGAAAUAAUCAAUUUUCAUCACGAGCAAGAACAGUGAAAGAUUAUUUAUCAUUUAUAUUAGCAUUAACUAUUGGGCUAUUUCGUAUUGAAGAAGAUUCUAGUAUGAAAAUAAUUCAAAUGUUACAAAUUCAAGAACAUACAGCAACGAUUUAUUCAGCUGCUAUUAUAUGUCAUGUAAAACAUUUUCGAACGGAUACUUUAUUAGAAAGAAUUAUCAAUGAUAUUUGUCAUAUUUGUUUAUCGCCUUCAAUUAUUCAGUCAUCUACAUCAAAUCAUUCAUGUCGUUCAAAUACUUCCCUAUCAAAUACUCAAACUGAAACAAAUAGUUCUCGUACAAUGGCAAAAUUACUUGAUGAAUUAUCAAUUCAUAUAUCCGAUCAUUUAAUAAUUUAUAUUAAUCGUUUACUUGAUUUAUUCGAUAGUGAUUGUUUACAAAUGCGUAAUUGUUUAUUAAAUGUUUGUGUAAAUAUAAUUCGAUAUUGUUCAUCAUUAUCUCAAUAUAAAGAAUUACGUGGUGAAUUAUUUCUUUUAAUAAUUGAUCAAUAUUUUCUUGAUUGUAAUGUUCAUGUACGAUCCCAUGCUAUUGGAUUAUGCAUGAAUUUAGUUGAAUCAAAAUUAAUUCCAAUUAAAUUUUAUUGUCACUUAACACAAGCAACUUUUGAAAGAAUGAAUGAUACAUCAUGUAUUGUAAGAAAACAUGCUGUACAACUAGCAACAAAAUUACUCAAAUUUAAUCCAUAUACGGAUCGGUUUCUUCCAAUUGAUGUUAUGCUUGAUGAAUAUAAUGCUGAAAUGAAUAAAUUAAUUCGAUUACAAAAAUUAUUAGGACAAACAUUGAAGAUAGAGGAUGUUCCAAAUAAUGUGAAUAUAAUAAAUGACAAUGAACAAGAGAAUGAUCUUGAUAAUCAACAUGUUUUAUUUGAACGUAUUGUUGAACAACAGCACCGUGUUUGUUCAAUGUAUUCAAUAGAUGAAUCAUUACCAUCAUUUGAACAAUACAAUGCUGAAAUGAGUAUAUUAAUACAAUUGCAAAGUAAACUUAAUAAUUGUUUACCGACGAAUUCCGAUAUUGAAAUUAUUGAUGAUGAAGAACCAAGUGAAAAAGCAACAAGAUUAUUUGAUAAUAUGGUUAAACAAUCAAAACUUGUAUCUUAUUUACAUAAUGCAACUGAUUUUUGUAAUCAUCUUCGAAGAUUUCUUGUUAAAGAUACUUUUUAUUUACUUAGUUCAAAAGUUACAAGUGAUGUUCUUGAAAUAAUUGAUUUUCUUGUUUUGUGGUCAACGUUUGAAAGUGAAUCAGCUGUAUAUAAAAAACUUGAACAACAUAUGUUUUCAUUAAUUUGGUCAAAUGAUAAAAAUAUUUCUAAUGCUGUUCUUAAUGCAUUUAAAAGAAUUUGUUUGAAAAUUGAUGAAGAUAAUACAGAUGAAAAAAUAUCAUCAAAACGAAUAAUUGAAAAAUUACUUGAUCAAAUCGAUUUAAAUAUAACAUUAACAUUUGAACAUAUACUUAAACAACUUCUUAGUGAAUCUACAUCAAUAACAGCAAAUAUAUUUUCUUUUAUUGAAGUUCUUCUUGAUUAUUAUUUGGAAUUAACAACACAUAAUUCAAAAAAACAUUUAUCUGAUGAUUUUUUAAAACAAAUUCAUCAACGUCAAUCAUCAUUUUUGCAAUUAAUAUCAUUUGUUAUUCCAUAUGAUAAAAAACAUCGUUUAUCAUCACAUUUCAAUACAAUUAUUCAGAAUUUUCUACGUAAAAUGGAUACAGAAAAUCUUGAUUAUAUUCGUUAUCAAAUGCAAAUUAUUUCAAAUUUAUUAACAACAAAAACUUCAUAUAAUAUUCCAAAUGAAUUUUAUGAUUUAAUCAUUAAAAAAUUACUUGAUUCUAAUAUUCAAUUUAAUCAACAUUCAUGGAUUAAUUGUAUGAAACAAUUAAUAACUAUUUUAUUUCUUAAAGAACCUAUUGAAAUAUCAGCAAAUGAUUUAAUUAUGAAAUUUCUUCAUUCAUUAGCUGAUCAAAUUCAUUGGUCAUUAGAUAAUAUUGAUUAUCAAACGAAAUCAAAUGAUAUAUCAUGGAGAAUAAUAUUCAUUCGAUUGUUAGCAUCAAUAAAUACUCUAUUAACUCAACGAGUACAAAAACAUGAAUGUGUUAAUAUAUCAUCAAUAAAAAAAAUUCAAAAACAAAAAAAUUCUUUCAUUACAAAUGAUGAUGAUAAUGAUACUAAUAAUGAAAAUUCUCUUCAUCCAUCAUCAUCAUCAUCAGUAUCAAUAUCACAACAAUCAUUUCAUGACGAAGAUGAAGAUAAAAUAGAUAGCCCAGAUGAUCAUCUUACAUUUAUUCAACAACAACAGUCUGAUCUUAGUCAUCUUGAAAAUGAAUUACUUCAAUCAAAUUCAUUUUUUUAUUCAAUUGAAAAAUGGAUUGAAACAUUCAUUUAUGAAGAUCAUUCAUUCUAUGAUGAAAAUCUUGUUUUAACAAGUAUUCUAACUUGUACUCGUAUGAUGUAUGUUUCAUCAAUUCUAUGUUCAAAAUAUGUCGAUCGAAUCUUUGAACUUUCGAAAAUAUGUACAUACCCAUCUGUACGUUCUGCUUUAAUCGUUUCUCUUGGUGAUCUUCUUCUUCGACAUCCAAAUAUACUUGAACCAUUUACACCACAAUUUUAUGCACAAAUCCAUGAUAAAGAUUUAAGUGUCGGUGAAACAGCAUUAUGUACUAUUGCGAUACUUAUCUUACGAGAAAUGAUUAAAGUUCGUGGUUAUAUUAGUGAAAUAGCAUUAUGUUUAUUUCAUUCUCAUACACCAAUAUCAAGUAUAGCUCAACAUUUUUUUGAUGAAUUAUCUUUACGUCAACGUGGUAUGGCUUUAUUUAAUGUUUUACCUGAUAUAAUAUCACGUUUAUCUAUGAAUAAUAUAUGUUCAAUCGAUUUAUUUCAUCAAAUUAUUUCCUAUCUUUUUUUAUUUAUUAAAAAUGAUCGUCAUUGUGAAAUAUUAGUUAAACGUCUUUGUCGACAAUUUAAACAAGCAAGUGGUGAUGAUCGAAAACGUGGAAAUAUUGCAUUUUGUCUUAGUAAACUUAAUAUAAAAACAUUAGCAUCAUAUCGUAUAUUAAAAGAAAAUUUUCCAAAUGUUACGGAACAAAAUGAAGAUGAUUAUGAUAAAGAAGAACAUUUAGCAUGGAAAAAAUAUCUUGUGCCUGUUCUUAACGAUAUUGAACGACGUUUAAAACCAACAGAAUUGAAUUCAUCAAAAUCUUUAUCAUCUUCAACAACACCGAAACGAAAACUUGAUCGAUUAUCUUAA